AUGCAAGAAUUGAUUCGAUCGGCACAAGUCAUCUUGCCAUGCUCACCAUUUGAUGAGACACUUACAUUCUUUACCAAUCGAUUGGGCUUUCAACUUGAUCUCAUUUCUCCAGCCGAUGAUCCAGCAAUUGCUCUACUUUCUGGAUAUGGACUCAAUUUACGACUGGAACGCAAUAUUAGCGAAAUGACGCAAGCAACUAGCACAAUUCGUUUAGUUUUGAAAAAUGAUUCUGAACUUUUUCAGAAUGCCAUCACAGAAAUGUUUGCACCAAAUGGUACCAAAAUUGAAAUAGUGAAAGAGACAACCGAGUUGAUGAUACCGCCCAUCGAACAAGCAUUUGUUGUAAGUAAAAUGGCUACCAAUGCAACAUGGGUUAGAGGACGUGCAGGAAUGAAUUAUCGUGAUUUGAUUCCCGGUCGCCUAGGUGGACGCUUUAUUGCAUCGCAUAUUCAAAUUCCGACUGGAGGUCCAGUAGCUGACUACGUACAUUAUCAUGAAAUCCGAUUUCAGAUGAUCUAUGUUUAUCGAGGUUGGGUACGACUCGUCUACGAGGAUCAAGGGCCUCCAUUCAUUCUUCAAGCAGGAGACUGCGUUUUGCAACCUCCUCUAAUUCGCCAUCGAGUGUUAGAAAGCUCGGCUGGUCUUGAAGUGAUUGAAGUCGCGAGCCCAGCGACACAUAGUACUUAUAUUGAUCAUUACAUGCAACUACCGAAUACAGAGCAGCGGCUCGAUCGUGAUUAUAAAGGACAGCGCUUCGUCAAAUAUCUUGCAGCCGAUGAAACGGCUCAAUGGCAUCCAUGGCGCUUAUCUGGCUUCGAAUUCCAAGAUACUGGAAUCGGCUUGGCCACUGCAGAUCUAGCCGGUGUUCGUAUUGUUCGAAACAGCGGUGAUCUGAAGUCUCAAGUUCUGCAACAUAAUGCUGAGUUCGUCUUUAUAUUUGUCCUUGCUGGUGAACUCACACUGCAUGUCACCGGUCAUGCCUCUGAAAAGAUGACAAAUGGAGACGCCUUCGUAGUACCGGAGAAACUUUCAUACAAUUUCAGUGAAUGCUCAAAAAAUCUACAAUUUCUAGAGGUAUCACUUCCUGGAACUGUCAAUUUUGUUUGCGAAUAA